UGGCGGCUAGCUUGAAUUCGUAAACAAACCAAACCGGCCAACUCGGGGCAAAAAAUACGGGAUAACGUCCGAAAUUCCGGAGUUAAGUCGCACAAAUAACAUUGUUUGGGCUGUGCGACUCUUUGUAAACAUGCCACGCGGAUGUGGUUAGUGUUCAAACAGGAUGAACGGCGGAAAGAAGAAGGGUUUUUGCUCCAGCCCGGAGGAGGAAAGAAGGGAAGGCGAUCAAAACAGGGAGAUUUCAAAAAUUGUCCAGAGCAAAUCGAAAAUAAACAGACUGAGGAGAAGCCCGAGAGCCAGCCAGCCUCAGCCACGACAUCAGGCAGAUUUCAAAACACCCACCCGUCUGCCCACCCGUCUGCCAAGGGGCAGAUUUAGAAGCUCGAAUAACGACGAGUCUCCAAACAAUGAUUCUGAAUUUCAACAUGACAUCGUCUGGGAUCCAGACUCUCCAGUGACUCCUAAUAGAAACGGACGAGGCCGGAGGAGAGCUACAAACGUCAGACUGGUGGACAUAUCAGAAAUCGUCAACCGGAUAGCUCCGAAGAGUCGGAGACCUGAAGAGGCAGAGUCUUCUUUGCUGCAGUGGAUUGGGGACAGUGCCAUUCCAUGCACUCCAGAAGUUCAAGAGCCCAGGACCAAGCCUAAAUCAGCAAGACCAAACGUUGUGGAUGACCUGCUGAAGCUGGCGAAGCAGUUUGACUUCAAUAUGAUCCGGCAGGAUGAAUCUCAUUUCCAGACCAGACAGCAGAGCUCUGAGGAAGCAAUGGACGAGGACCAGGAGCUGUUUUAUGAUGAGAAUCACCCACCAGCUCCACCGCAGAACGACUCUGAAGCUGAGAGAGCACUGCAGGAGUUGGAGGAGGCUGAAACAAGUGGUGGUGGUGAUCCUAUGGAUGAUGUGGCACUUGGGCAAGAAAUGGACGACGAUCUGGACUUGCUUUUUGAUGGUUCAACACAGCAAAUCAGUGGUUGUCUCAGCCAGGGUUGGAGUGGCCGUUCUCAGGAUAGGCCUGAAAUCACCCAGGGUACAGCAGCUCCCAGUGGAAACUGCACUAGUGCUACUAAUGUGCCUGCUGUCACAGCAGCGCUGUGCAGUAGCAGCAGUCGUCAAAGUCUUGCGGCCGGAGUGGGCGGUGCCUCCGAACCAGGUAUUGCUAGUGUGUCUGCAAAACUCGGCAACAGCAGGCAGGUUUGCAGUGCUAACGAUUUUGAAGACGACUGGAGUAAUGAUGACUUAUUAGAUGAUUCACUGGUGUUUGACAUGACCCAAAACCCACAGCUCUUCUCUGCGCCUCAGCAUAGCUCCACCCAGAAACAAGUGAACAAAAAAGAAGGCGGCAGUUUCACCAACAACAUGAAUGGCACUUACCAUCACCAGCAAGCUGGCAAUGAAGAAAGGUCUGGUACAUUACAAGAGAUGAUAACAUUACAAGAGUCAAACCAGAAGCUCAGGAGCAGGCAGACCUUUCAGCUGGACCAUAAUCUUGGUCACCAAUGGAAUAAGCCUUCAGCAGAGUUGUCUAGCAACAGUAACAAUUUAGGAUUUGCGGAGAACAAUCAACAAAUCCAGGUUCUUCCUUCCAUCAAAGCUUCAUCAGUGGUUGUAGGUUCAGCUAACUCACAUCCAGACCGGUGGCAGGGUUGCAUAUCUAAAGCUAGUGACCAAACACCGGAGCCAAUCAAAGUGCAGAAACCUUCAGGAACAGCUAAGUGGGGAAUUCAAGCUGGGACUAAAACCUCAUUAGUUUCUAGCUCUGCUUCACCCAAAUUAGUUUCUACUUCUUCCAGCUUCGGGUUUGAUAGGAACAUUGAGAUCAUUGAGAAAAAACAGAGCCAACCAAGCACAGAAGAACAAGGCCUCAGCGACAUCGCAGAUGAGGACCUGGACUCCAUCUUCGCAUCGGAUGACAUCUGGGACGACGGAGCAGAUGACGACUUGUUCUGUGAAGUGUGUGAGAAGGUGGAGGAAUUCACGGCUGAUCCAGACCCUCAUCUGGAGGCAUCUGUUGCAAAGCCCCCUACAAAAAACAGCCCUGCACAGAGCAGGACAUUUGUUUCCUCCAUGGAGACUGGCCAAAACACUACUGCUAACAUGUUCCCCAAACAGGACAGUAUGAUUUCACGGCCAUAUCCACCUAAUAGCUGGAUUAAUAAUAGCAAUGCUGCUGGCAAGCACAACAGUUUUAGUACACAGAAACCUGUUCUUACCGCAGUUAACGCACUUAACUUUAGGAGUAGGCCAGUGGAGAACUCACUGGACAACAGCAUGAACUCUUACACCAGUACAUCAUGUAAAGGGCCUUACAAAUUUACCCAUGUGAAAAACACUUCAAGAGUAUUAGAUGGAGCCUUUAGUGCCAUGCAACAACAGCAGGUCAGCGGGAGAAGUGCAGUAAUGUCCAACCAAUCAGCAGUUUCGGAUGAUCAUCAGUUCAAAAAGCCUUUUAGCGCCUUUAAUGCUGGGCCUGCUAUCACCAAAGAUGUCAGUAAGGCGGUGGCGGGCAGGUGCAGUGAUGCUGAGAUUGAGCGGAAGAGGCAGCAGGCCAUGGAGAGGCGGAGGCUGCGGAUGACAGCCAGUCAGAACCUUCGGGCUCCGAUAUGACAUCACCAUGGAGAGAGUCAACAUGUGGUCAUUUGCAGAACGUCAAGCACCGAGUUGACCUGCUGGGAGACGAAAUAGCAGCACAUAGUCAGUUGUGUUCGGUUGAAUCGAGACCUACAGCUGAAUCCAUUUUCUGCUCCGGACCUUGGAAACUAUGUCUGACAGAAAUCAAGGAAUAUGUGAAAGUUUGCUGUACAGUUGUCUACCUUUUUAUGCAGUUCAUCUCCCCCUGGGUUCUUGGUCAGCUGUGCAGUCUAUACAAAACUUUCCUGCACAGUGUCUAAAUGUAGUUGUAUCCUUGAUGA